AAUUGAAACAUUUUAGAAAGGAAAACAUUUUGUAGGGCAAAUGUAAGACACGCGAUAUAACAUUUAUAUAUACGUGCAUGUGGCUAUACCAGUGCGUUACCAUGGUGAUAAGCUGCGCGUGCACAAUGUCCUCCACCAGGGCUGCCGUCUCAGGCGAUGGCCUAUGAGCAUCUCCCAGGGCAAACCUGCCACACACACGCGCACGCACGCACACACACACACACACACACGCGAGUCACACACAUUUGUGCAAACUCGCAUUUGCAUGUAGAGAAAGCACUUCAAGGACAAGCCACAAAUUUAAAAACCACAUCCUGAUUCCUCGACAUAAUUUCUCAUCUUCUUGCGAUUGGCCGACGGCACCUGUCACCGGUGCGGCCGAGAGGGGCGUGGCCUCGAGACGGAGAGGUUGACGCCGAGGCUCGGCGUUCGGUUUUGGGGUUUACUCGGUCGCGGGCGUCUCCGGCCACCGACGACACGCGAGGCUGGCAUGGCUUCAAACAGUCUCUUUAGUGCCACUGGCCUCACACUGCAAACAGACGUCGCGACGAAGUGUCGACCUGCUCCGCCGCCAUCCCACCUCCACCUGGACGAAGUGGAGCCGUGCUACCUCCUGGAGCGCGCCGCAGCGCCCCCCAGAGGCCUGGUGCCCACGGACAGCCCCAACUUCCUGUGCAGCAGUCUGCCGCAUCACUGGAGGAGCAACAAGACCUUGCCGCGACCUUUCACUGUCGUUUCCCUGGGCGACGACGUCCCGGACGGCGCGGUGGUGACGCUGAUGGCGGGAAACGACGACAACAGUAGCGCCGAGCUACGCAACGCCACGGCAACCAUGACGCGGGGUCACGCGCACUUCAACGACCUCCGCUUCGUCGGCCGCAGCGGCAGAGGAAAGAGCUUCACCCUGUCCAUCAAUGUGCUGACCACGCCCCCGCAGGUGGCCACGCUGCACAGGGCCAUCAAGGUGACGGUGGACGGCCCUCGGAUGCCCAGACGACAGCGUCAGAAAGAAGUGGAGUCAGCGCUUUUCAGGUCCUUCGGCUGCCGUGUGGGAUCUUCAGACUGCAGGUGGUCGUCGUCGUCGUCGUCGCUGUGGCCCGGCGAGCCGUCGUCCCCGUCGGGUCAGAUGGUCGCCCGGACGUCGCCCUUCCCCGCACCUCCCAGGAUGCACCGCCGCCACCCGCGCCUUCCCGCCUCCCUCCUCGGCCCCGCGGCGCCCCAUCCGCUCAGCCACGGCGGUCCCUUCUACUACGGGCCCAACCGAGCCGACGGCGGCGCGGCUGGCGGCGUCGGGCGCUUACAUCGAAGGGGCGUGUUUCACCCUGAGAGGGGAGGAGCCCGUGUGGAGGCCUUAUUGACACAUGUGUGACAAAUGGGCCAAUCGCUAACGUUCUUCCUGGGCCUCUCACUAAGCCCCGCCCCCUCUCCCUCUCUUUCUCCCCACGCCUGCGUGGCUUUUCUCCGGGCACUCCGGUUUCCUCCCACAUCCCAAAAACAUGCAUGCUAGGUUAACUGACAACUCUAAAUUGCCCGUAGGUGUGAAUGGUUGUUUGUUUGUAUGUGCCCUGCGAUUGGCUGGCAACCGGUUCAGGGUGUUCCCCGCCUCCUGGCCGACGAUAGCUGGGAUAGGCUCCGGCACGCCCACGACCCGCGUGAGGAGAAGCGGCUCAGAAA